AUGUACAGCAGGAUUCGCUUAGUUGCGAAGACGAGUCUCUCCACCACGAGGCUCCUCUCUUCAAACACCUCCACAAAUACAUUGAAUGAAAUACUAAGAAAAAACGGUCCACGACUCAGUGUCCCCUCCCUGCUUCAGCAACGAGUCGACUCGGGUCACCCCGUCACGUUAUCUGAGCUCCGCUUCAUCUCCAAUCGCCUAAUCAAAUCAAACCGUCACGAUCUCGCUCUCCAGAUGAUGGAGUGGAUGGAGACUCAAAAAGAAGUUCACUUUAGUGCCAAUGACACUGCUCUUAAGCUUGAAUUGAUCAUCAAAAGCUAUGGGUUUAAAAAAGCAGAGGAAUACUUUGAGAAGCUCUCAUUAAAACCAGCGAAAGCAGCUUAUCUUCCUCUGCUUCGUGGUUAUGUUAAAGGUAGAUUGGUUAAUGAAGCUGAAGGUUUCAUGGAGAAGUUGAAUGAGUUGGGUUUUCUUGUAACUCCACAUCCGUUUAAUGAGAUGAUGAAGCUUUACGAAGCAACUCAUGAGUAUGAGAAAGUAGUGAUGGUGAUUGAGGUGAUGAAGAGGAACAAGAUACAGAGGAAUGUUCUUUCGUAUAAUCUCUGGAUGAACGCGUGUUGUGAGGUAUCUGGUGUUGGAGGUGUGGAGAGUGUUUAUGGGGAGAUGGUUGGUGACAAGAGUGUUGAAGUUGGGUGGAGUUCGUUGUGUACUUUAGCGAAUGUGUAUGUUAAGGUUGGUUUUGUUGGUAAGGGUAAGUUGGUGCUUGAGAGUGCUGAGAAGAAGUUGAAUAGAAGUAAUAGGCUUGGUUACUUCUUCCUCAUCACGAUGUAUGCUUCUUUAGGGGAUAAGGAAGGAGUUGUUCGUUUAUGGGAAGGUUCUAAGUCUGUUUCCGGGAGGAUCACUUGUGCAAAUUACAUAUGUGUGUUGUCAUCUUUGGUGAAAGUUGGUGAUCUUGCGGAAGCUGAGAGGGUUUUCGAGGAGUGGGAGGAUGGAUGUUGUAACUAUGAUGUUAGAGUCUCUAAUGUUCUUUUGGGUGCUUAUAUGCGUAAUGGACUGAUCUGUAAAGCUGAGUCUCUGCAGAACCGUGUGUUGGAGAGAGGAGGUAAUCCAAACUACAAGACUUGGGAGAUUUUGAUGGAGGGAUGGGUGAAAUGUCAGAGUAUCGAGAAGGCCAUUGAUGCUAUGCAUCGAGCGUUGAAACUAAUGAAGGGAUGUCAUUGGAGACCGUCUCAAAGAAUUGUCAUGGCCAUUGCUGAGUACUUUGAGAAGGAGGAGGAGAUUGAGGAAGCAGACACAUAUGUUAGAGAUUUGCAUCGUCUUGGUCUUGCAAGCUUACCGUUAUAUAGAUUACUACUUAGAAUGCAUGAACAUGUUCAGAGGCCAGGUUCUCACAUCUAUGAAAUGAUGAAGCUGGACAACAUUCAAAUAGCUGAGGAGAGUUAA